AGCUGUCAAAAAUCAAAAUUCUUCCGUUUAGCAGCAGUGAGCAGGUUUUAACCAGUUUCUCUCUAAACUGAACUUUAACUGCGGUUUAAAUACUCGAGUUUGAUCGUUAUGUGUGAUACUCCACAGUCUAACAACUAGCUUUGGCCUGAACUUACUUUUACACCGUGUUUCGUCGUCAAACAUGGAGAAAUUUGAAGGCUACAUCUUCACUGCUCUGUGCAGCAUCAACUUCUUCAUAUCCUGCCUGCUGUUCUCCAGAGUCACGCGCGAGCAAAGGGAGCCCUACAUGGACGAGAUCUUUCACAUCCCGCAAGCUCAGAAGUACUGCCGUGGAAAAUUCAACGAGUGGGACCCAAUGAUCACCACUCUCCCAGGUCUUUACCUCGUCUCUGUGGGCGUCAUCAAGCCUGUGGUUUGGCUCACUGAACUGACAGGCGAAGUGGUGUGUUCCACGGCCAUGCUGCGCUUCAUCAACCUGCUCUUCAACUGCGGCAACCUUUACCUGAUCUAUCUGCUCCUCUGCAAGCUGCACCUCAGGGAGAAGGCUCGAACAACCUCACGCCGAGUCCUGUCAGCAUUGUCUCUGUCCACCUUCCCUGUGCUCUACUUUUUUAACUUCCUGUACUACACCGAUGCUGGAUCUACCUUCUUCAUCCUCUUCACCUACCUCAUGACGCUGUACGGCUGUCAUAAGGCCUCUGCGCUCCUCGGUGUCUGCUCCGUGCUCUUCCGCCAGACAAACAUUAUCUGGGUGGCUUUCUGUGCAGCCACUCUGGUGGCUGCGAAAAUGGAUGAAGCCUGGAGGGUGGAGCAUUCAAAAAAGAGGGAUGAGAAGUCUCCACCAUCGCAGAUCCCUCUGUCUUUUAGUGGAGCUAAGAAAAUCCUGCUUUUCACCCUGGAGUUCCUCACCUCACCCAGUCAUGUGAAGGCGGUGCUACUGGUGGCCUGGCCUUAUGCGGUGGUCGGCGCCGGUUUCCUGGUGUUUGUGAUGCUGAAUGAUGGGAUCGUGGUUGGCGACAGGAUGAGCCAUGAGGCCUGCCUCAACUUCCCCCAGCUCUUCUAUUUCUUCUCCUUCUCCCUCUUCUUCUCUCUCCCUGUCUCGCUGUGUUACCACCGCGUCCUCCGCUUCCUGCAGGCUCUAAAAAAGCAGCCUUUGUUUUUCCUCUUCGUCACUGGCAUCUCUUUGCUCCUGGUAUGGAAAUUCACCUUUGUCCACAAGUACCUCCUGGCAGAUAACCGCCAUUUCCCCUUCUACGUGUGGAAUAAACUCUUCCAGAGGCACGAGCUGAUGCGUUUCCUCCUCAUCCCUCCGUAUAUUUUCGCCGGCUGGAAUUUUUUGGACUCCUUUAAAUCGCGCUCUCUCUUUUGGACUUUGGCGUUCCUGGCGUGCCUCGUGGCCGCCACAGUCCCACAGAAGCUUCUGGAGUUUAGGUACUUCAUUGUUCCAUAUCUGAUGUAUCGCCUGCACAUGCCCCUUCCCUCCCUUCCCAGACUUAUUGGGGAGUUCCUUCUGUACACAGCCGUGAACAUUGCCACUAUCUACAUCUUCAUCACUAAGACCUUCCACUGGCCGAACAGCACAGCAACACAGAGGUUUAUGUGGUGAAGAAAAGACAAAAGUGUAUCAUUUCAGGAUUUUCUCCUGUGUUAUAGGGAACCAGGAGCCUCUGUUUACUUCUCAGUAUCAGACCAACACGAUUUCAUGAUUUUUAUACAGGCUAACCAAAUGGUUUUGAGCAGAAUGUGUAGGGCUUGAUUCACCUUAUAUUCACAGUCAGUAUUUCUAGUUUGUCAUUGAAAAGUAAAGUUACAGUGUCAACUGAUCAUUUCUAAAAUUCUGCCAGUCAGUUGUGAAUCAUUUCAUGACUGAAUCAAAAUGACAAAAAAAAAAUGUUAAUAACACAGUGGGAGAUAUCAGUAUUGUAAGAGCACUGUUGCUGAAUCAUAAUGAGGUAUUUUCUAUAUACUAUCCACACAUAUUGUUUUUAUCCCAAACACUUUUUUCCUUGAAGUGUUGAUCCUUGUAGAGGUUAAAAACUGUAAUUUUGACAUUGGAAUUAUAAUGAUGCCAUAUGACAGCAUUUUCUUGUGGAAGCGUAAUGUUUUUCUGAAUUCAUGCAUACCUCAGAACCCUUGCAUGAAGUAGCAUCUAUGGUUGCUGAUGCUUAAUAGCAGUGCUCUGUUCAGGUAUGAAGUGAGUACAGGUAAGGUAUCUAACGUUUGGUUGACCACACAGAACAGAAGUGAGUGAAUGACAGCUGCAGUGACAGCAGCACUACCUGUAUGGGUUAAGAUCAAGUAUGUCCCAGUGUCUUAAACCCAAACCAAAAGUUAAUGUGAGGCACUGUUUGUCUCAGAGCAGUUGAGCUCUCAAGUAAAUCAGCCUUUUUUGGGGGCCUCGGAAUUCUGAGAUAAGAAAUGACAAUAAUUUAGGAAAAUCGAGAUUUAAAAAAAAAUAAAUGUCACAUAAUUUUUAAAUUCAGCAAAAUUGCCCCCCCCCCCCCUUCAAGUCAACACGUUAUGAUUCUUUAUUUUUGUAGGGCAGUUUUUUUCUACUAUAAUUGUAAAAAUGCAGUACAAGAAAUCACUCUUUGGCAAACUGUUAAGAGACUGUAAAUAUGAUUAAAGAGACCAAAAAUGAUGUAAUCAUAAUGUGAAGUUUAGAUUUUUUUUUGUGUGUGGGAUACUUUUUGUGCCUGAUGGACGCUGACAGAACUUUAUAAUAACGGGACUAUUUGAAGAUGUACAUACAUUUUUACCUUGAUAUUCAAUAUGACCAAGCCAUACGAGUCCCCUGGAAGUGACCAAGAUGUGUCUUCCUUGUUAAAUUUUUUUUGUUUUUGUUUUUAUUUGUAAACAACUUUAUUUUUGGUCUUUUGUACGUGACCUUGUUUUUGUCCGCCCUUUAUCCUGCUUCAUUUGUGGGUGUGGUUAAUUUCACUGUUAUUUGCUUAUGCAUGCAAUUUCAGUUGUUAAGUUUGUCUUAACAAAAAUGUGAUCACAUUGGUUUGUGACUUGGUGAUCAAAUAGAGCCAAAUCAGUCAAAUCUAAAUGUUUGAAUGCAGUUUUUCUUUCUUCACAUUAAAGGUGUGACCUGUC